AUGGAGGAAUCAGAUAUGAAGAAGGGCCACAGGGCUCGCCAUUCUGGACCUAAGGCAGAGAAAAAGAAAGCUAAAAAUAAACAUGAACAGAACCUGACUGCGAGACAACGGAAUCCUCGAGCAUUUGCUAUCCAGUCUGUCAACAAAGCGGCGAAAGCUUUUCGAAGGACUGCAGACAUCAAAACAAAGAAGCAACAUAUCCCCAAAGUUGAUCGUUCUCCAACAGAACCACCUCCGAUUGUUGUAGCCAUAGUGGGCCCCCCAAAAGUUGGCAAGUCGACUUUGUUAAGAUGUCUGGUUAAAAACUUCACAAAACAAAAACUGACCAAUGUUCAAGGACCAGUGACAGUUGUUGCAGGUAAAAACAGACGGCUAACAUUCAUUGAAUGUAAUAAUGACAUCAACUGCAUGAUUGACAUCGGAAAAAUUGCUGAUUUGGCUCUGCUGAUGGUUGAUGCUAAACAAGGCUUUGAGAUGGAAAUUUUUGAGUUCUUCAACAUUUGCCAGGCCACUGGCUUCCCACGCUGCAUGGGUGUCCUCAACCACCUGGACCUGUACAAAGAUGGCAAAGCGGUCCGCAAGCGCAAGAAGCAGCUGAAGAACAGAUUUGAAAUCGAGUUAUAUAAGGGCGCUCGUUUGUUCUACUUGUCUAUGCUGGUAAAUGGAGAAUACCUGGCCAAUGAGGUUCAUAAUUUGUGCCGAUUUAUCUCGGUGAUGAAGAUGAUUCCACUGAUCUGGAGAGCUUCACAUCCUUAUGUUCUGGCCGACAGAAUGGAGGACAUUACGAACCCUGAAAAUAUCAGACAGAAUCCCAAGUGUGACCGCACGGUUAGUUUAUAUGGUUAUAUGAGAGGCACACAUAUGAAAUCCAAAUCUAUGGUGCAUAUUGCAGGUUGUGGUGAUUAUGCAAUAAAGGACAUGACUUUCCUGCCCGAUCCCUGCCCUACACCCCAGAUGGAGAAGCGCAGGUCUCUGAACAAGAGAGAGCGGGUCAUUUAUGCACCCAUGUCUGGUGUGGGUGGCAUUGUCUACGACAAAGAUGCUGUAUACAUCGAUAUGGGGACACAGAAAGCUGAAGAGGACAAGCCAUCUGAACUGGUAGCUGCUCUCAUGGAAAGUCUCAAGCCAGUUGAUGAGAAGAUGAGGGAAAGUCAGAUUUCUAUCUUCAAAGGCGGGCCAGCUAUAUCUGGCAGUGAUUUUGAAAGAAAGAGACAUAUUGAGAAAAAUGAAAGCGAUGAUGAUGAAGACGAUGAAGAAGAAGACAGGGAUUCAGGCAUGGAGGCUGAGAGUAGUGAAGAUGAAGACAGUGAUGAUAACAAGGAAGACAUUGAAGAUGACAGUGAG